AUGGGAUCGGAAACUAGUAGAGCGGAUAGAUCAUUCAGAUGUGAUUGCACCAACAGUAGUAAUGACAAAAUUCUAACUUUUGAUAAUCACAAUAAUAAUAAAAAUAAUAGUGGGGACGAAGAAAAAAAAUCCUGUCAACUUCUGGGUGAAUGUUCCAUAGACAGCUGGAAAAAUGGCUACGCAGAAGCUGCAAAUUUCAAAGAAACUGUGCUUUAUUGUGAUCGACAGCAGCACAAAGAAUGUAGCCCCGCCUUCUGUGCCACCCGUCAGCUGAGGUUGAAUGCUUCCUCUGACAAUCAAGUCUUCCCCUCGAUGAGGAAAGUGAAGUUUGCCAAGAUGUCUGAACAUUUUGAGUACAACUACAUACCUGCUCAGAUGAUUGCAGUUCACCAUUUAAAGUUGAAAAGUAUUCUUUGCUACAGAGACAGCAAAUACAUAGUGCACUUAUCCAAGCAAGGAAUCUCUCAGCUUGGCUUCCUCAACUUGAAACCUAAAAAAUUUCGAAAGUUUGGACAGAAGUUAUAUGAAUGUGCCAAUUUCAAGUUGGCAGGUGAGAUCAGUCCAGAUGGCAGCAAGUGUUUGAUCCUGAAGCUCAUUGUUGGCUCAAGAGUCCCAGAGAAAGUUACAGACUUCUGUGCCAGGUAUAGGACGGAUAUCAUCUCCUCAAGUGCUGCGGUUAGGAAAGAAGAACUGGAGAAUGAGACUUCAAAUUUGAACAGGAUACUGAAUUCUUCCAUCCCACCCAGAAACUUAGACACAGAUGUUGUUGAGUUGCUUCUUUAUAAUUUAAACACACUUGAACUCUUAUCUGUUAAUCGAUUUGAAAUACUGAGGUCUACGAGUAUUCCCAAGUUUGCAUUUGAUCCGAGGCAUGCUUGGAAACGCAUUGCCCUAACAAAUUUUACAGUCAGACCUGACAACACAUUGAGUUUGGUAGAGCUGAUUCCUCCAGACAACUACAAAGAAACAUUUUAUGACCCCAGCAAUGUCAAUGUAGAUACUUGCUUACCCAACAGCAGUUCAUGCAACAACAUCAACAGUAUUAACAGUUCAUCAAAAAUUGAAAAUCAGAGCAGACGAGAUUCAGAAGCCAGCGUCAAAGAACAGUGGCUCUGGUGCAUAUUGGCAUCCAACUAUAAGUUCACCGACAUAUCAGACAGCCAGAAAACAGUAUCAACGUCAUUCAGACUUCGAAACUCCUCUGCCCUACCUCCCCUGCCAACGCAGGGGGCCAUCAUAACGGACCUCCGAUACACACCUGACGGUCGUCUGCUCGUCGUCACCAUACUCGGCAGAACUCGAAACUGUCUGUGUCUGACCGGUGGUACGAGGAGGCUGACGUCGUACAGGUUUCAAGAUGGCUCCGAGAUGCACAUCAACUGUGAGGGCAAGUCAUUCGAUUGUUAUGUGUAUGUGCUUGAUGGCAACACUGCGCAGACUGUGCACUGCAUUCAGUUCAACAGAUACGCCUGCCUCUGGCACACCUGUCCCACGAACUACGCUCCCAUAUUUUCUAUGUGCAGUACGCGGAUCGCCAUCCCUAUGGAUGUCAUCGCUACCGUUCACGAUCAGAGUGCCAAUCGUUUAGGCGAUCUAACUAACAGGCACAAGUUCUCUCUUCACGGACCGCACGUCGUUCAAGUCUUCCGCCUGCCUUACAAUGCUUUCUCCUUGAAGUCCAUGUGUCGGUCUGUCCUGCUUGAGGCCGGCAUCGAUCCGCACAAGCUCAAUCUGCCUCCGAAAAUCAUCGAGUAUUUCAAAUACACUCCAGAGUAUAAGUACUAA